AUGUUUCGGGAAAACUCAACCAACGGACAAAUUUAUGUCUCACUCUCAGCUGAUUCAACUUGCUCAACCAAUCUCGUUAAUGCAAGGAUUGGAUAUGAAACAUUAACAUUGACUCCAACAAUUGGUGAUAAAAUAAUGACUCGAUAUCCAAUUACUGAGAGCAUCAAAUGUCGAUUUCCUGAUUGGACUCAAGGAAAAUGGGAUCGAAGUCGAAUCGAUGGAAAUCAAUUCAAGUUUAAAGAUGUGGUCAACAACUACAGGACAUUAACAUCAAAAUGUAUAAUGAGACAAUCAAACACACCAAAUGAUAGAUUCAUUGUUCACAGUUCAACUCAAUGCGGUGAAUCAUUUUACACUUGUGUUUGGAUGAAAAGACGAUCAGCUAAUACACUUGAGUUUCAAUUCGGUGCCAAAUCAAGUCCUAAUUUAUUGGCUCAUUUAUGUGAUGAUCAACAUUUUGUAAAUCGUUACAUUUCAACUCCUUGUCCAAUUACCGGUGAUUAUACAGGAAUCGUUCCCAAUUCAAUUACAGAGCGUGAAUAUCGUUGUUUAGGGAACUGGGAAGAAGACGGAAUCCUUUAUACAUUCACUCAACGCAGAGACGCAACUGGAUAUCAAUGCUUUGCUGGUAAAAUCUUGGGCAAUGGUGAAGUUGCUUACAUCAGAGAAGCUGGUGAAAAUUGUAUUCGAGCUGAACAUCCAUUAACUGUUGGAAUGAAAAUCACAAAGCAAGUGGCUUGUCAACGGAUCAUUACAACGACAAAAGCUCCUUGGCCUUUAAGGACUGAUAGGAUAUACCAAGUGCACAAAGCUCAGCCAUCAUUUCAACCAGCACUAAGAACUGUUUCGACUAAACCGAUAGCUCAACCUUUACCUCAUCAUAUUCCUCGUCCAAUUCAGUCCAUGUUGGGAUUCAAUGACAACAACCCUCAUUGGUACCAAUCUGAUCCUCCAGCUAAAAAGAUAUGGAAACCUGCUUCAA